CAGAGUUUUAAACAUCUGCUGAAGUUUUCUAAAACAAGGAGCUACAUUUACACCUGUCAGCCACAUAAACACCUCUGAGCUGUAAAAUAAGUCAAAGAGCAGCUACAGUUACAUAAACUGUAACUGUUUACGUAACUUCAUCUCUGCAGGAUGAAGGUGUGGAUAGGAGUCACCCUGCUGAUAGCAGUCGCUAUUCUGCUUGUGAUGAGUCAACUGCUGCCCUGGCCCUUUCACUUACACAACAAUGACACUGUGCAGAGAAUUUACAUCGGCUCCAUGGGAAUCAGCAACCAGCGAUUCCUGCAAGAGCAUGAAGAUCCCAGCAGCGCAGAGUUUACUCAGCUGGCCGCUCGAGUCAGCCAACAGCUGAAACUGAUUUACUCCAAAAACUCAGUGCUGGCCAAAUACUUCAACCGCAACACCGUCCAGGCCUUCAGUGAGGGUGACAGCGGGGACGACAGCAUUGUGGUGUAUUAUGAGUCCGAGUUUGAUGUCCCCGUCCCUGAGCAGACCACUGUGGAUGAAGCCAUUGAGUCUCUGGAGCCUCCAGCAGAAAGUGAAUGGGGCCAACAGGGACAAGGACUGCUGAAACCCAGUGACACCCUGAACAUCAGCAGCAUCAUCUCACAAGUUAUAGAUCCACGCUUGACCAGGUCCACAUUAGCUAAGAGGAAGUUCUUCAACAUCCAUGUCAGGAAUCGUGGAAUUGUGCAUUCUCCGGGGUUUCCAGACUAUCUUUAUCCUCCAAAUGCCAACUUUCAGUGGAGGCUUCGGGCGGAACCCGGCCACCGAGUUAGGCUUGACUUUCACACUCUGAACUUGGAGGACGACUGUCAGCGCGACUUCAUCAAAGUCUAUGAUUCGCUGGCUCCCAUAGAGAAACGUGCUCUGACAGAACAGUGUGGGAAUCCUCAAAAAUUAUUGUCCUUCUUCUCUUCUGGAAACGUCAUGUUACUAACGCUGGUCACAAAUGAGAAAAAAAACUUCCUUGGUUUCGAAGGAAGCUACUCCCAGAUUCCUUCGGCCAAACGAACUUGUCCAGGAAGAUUCCAGUGCAACAACAACAAGUGCGUCAGCAAGACUUCUCAGUGUGAUGGCUGGGACGAUUGUGGUGACAACAGCGAUGAAAUCAACUGCACUUGUACAGGAAUGUUCCAGUGCAACAACAACAAGUGCGUCAGCAAGACUUCUCAGUGUGACGGCUGGGACGAUUGUGGUGACAACAGCGAUGAAAUCAGCUGCGUCUUUUCAGCUUGUACAGGAAGAUUCCAGUGCAACAACAACAAGUGCGUCAGCAAGACUUCUCAGUGUGACGGCUGGGACGAUUGUGGUGACAACAGUGAUGAAAUCAACUGCACUUGCCCGGGAAGAUUCCAGUGCAACAACAACAAGUGCGUCAGCAAGACUUCUCAGUGUGACGGCUGGGACGAUUGUGGUGACAACAGUGAUGAAAGCAACUGCACUUGUACAGGAAUGUUCCAGUGCAACAAUAGCAGGUGCAUCAGCAAUACUUCUCAGUGUGAUGGCUGGGACGAUUGUGGUGACAACAGCGAUGAAAUCAACUGCACUUGUACAGGAAUGUUCCAGUGCAACAAUAGCAGGUGCAUCAGCAAUACUUCUCAGUGUGAUGGCUGGGACGAUUGUGGUGACAACAGUGAUGAAAUCAACUGCACUUGUCCUGGAAAAUUUCAGUGCAACAAUAACAGGUGCAUCAGCAAUACUUCUCAAUGUGAUAGCUGGAACGAUUGUGGUGACAACAGUGAUGAAAUCAACUGCACUUCAGUGGUGUGCUCAGCGUUCACCUUCCACUGCAGUAAUGGACUCUGCAUCAGUAAACUGAACCCAGAGUGUGAUGGAGUGCAGGACUGUGAGGACGGCUCUGACGAGGCUAACUGUGAUUGCGGUACGAGUUUGUACAGUAGCACUCGUAUUGUGGGAGGUCAGGGAGCUAAUGUGGGUGAGUGGCCCUGGCAGGUCAGCCUCCACUUCAAGGGGCUAGGACACAUGUGUGGAGCCUCUGUGCUGAGUGACCGCUGGCUGCUGACUGCUGCCCACUGCGUCCGAGACACUGCUGUUUACAAGCUGUCUCAGGCCGACAAAUGGGAGGCUUUCCUGGGAUUGCAAGUGCAGAACCAGACCAAUGAGUGGACAGUAAAGAGGGGUGUGAAGCAGAUCAUCGCUCACAGGUACUACAACAGCUACACUGAAGACAGUGACAUUGCGUUGAUGGAGCUGGACACCAGAGUCAGUCUAACCCAGCACAUCAGACCCAUCUGCCUGCCUUCCUCCACGUACUACUUCCCAUCAGGCCAAGAGGCUUGGAUCACCGGCUGGGGGACUACCCUGCAGGGAGAUGCUGCGACGGCCAUCCUCCAGAAGGCGGAAGUUAAGAUCAUCAACAGCUGGCUGUGUAAUAUUCUACUGAAUUACAGGGUCACAGGUAACAUGCUGUGUGCUGGAGUCCUUUCAGGAGGCGUGGACACCUGUAAGGGUGACUCCGGCGGGCCGCUGUCUGUCGCCAACUCCCGCGGGCGUUUUUUCCUGGCAGGUGUGACGAGCUGGGGCAAAGGCUGCGCUCGCAUAUACGCACCCGGCGUCUACACUCGGGUUACCAAAUACCGCAGCUGGAUAAAACAGAAGAUUGGAGUGUAGAAACUUACGGAUUACAGACAUUCCUCCUGGAAAUGGAAGCGGAUGUUGACAUUUUUUGAACUUUUUUUUUUAUGACCCUAAUACCAAAAAUGAUGACAUGCACAUUUACAAGGCAUCAAAUGCAGUAUUUUAACAGUUGAACUGUUACAUUAAGAUAAGAUGCUCAGUUGAAUGGCAGCACUAAUAACUGUCACAUAGAGAAAAAUAAGUUGUGAUCUCUAAUAAGAUUUAAAUAUAUUCACCUCAGCUGGCCUUUGAUUUUGCAGAUGUAAAAAUUGCAAACAAAUGUUUUAUAAACUAUAAAUAAUCCAGUAUGCACAAAUUCUAGAAAAAACAGGACCAAAUUUAUUAUCAGGUUGCAACAGCUCAAAACGUUGUUUUGGUAUUAAAAAUCUUUAAGGAGUAACUCGACAGGUACAGUGACGAUUUUACACCUCUGAGGCAUCAACAGAGUUAGAAGAGGAUGUAAAUGAAUCAUAUGUGACUUAAAGGCAAAAGAUAGUUUAUGCAGCCAUGAAUGCUCCAGGUGGGCAUUGUGUUGUACAGGGUGCAACUCCCAUAGGAGCACUUAGAAAUUCAUGCAUGACCAGUAUGACUGAGAAGCAGACAUAGUGCGGUACUGUAUCUUUUAAAAAUAUGUGAAAGAACAGCAACAUAGUUGUAGUUUGCUCGAAGUAUAUAUCCUAAUUACUCAAUUUAAUCUCAUAUAAAUAAACUAAAUGUGGUACUUAUGUGUGUUUACCCUAACUGAAUUCAAAACAUCUCCACCUCUCUGGGUAAUAUCGUCACUGUAUUUUUAUUAUUAUUUUUGAAUAUAUAUUUAAUAUUUAAAAAAAAAAACAUGUAUUCUUUUCUUACUCAUUAAGGGUUUUAUGUUUUACUGGAUGAUUUAUGCCAUUAGCAUUGUAUUUGAUCUGAUUGUAAUUUUCAUGAUGUUAAUUACAGAACGUCUGAGUAUUUAAUGACUUCAUAAUGGCCUCCUCAUAUAUUGUUUAGUCAUUAGUUAUUGAUCUACUCUUGCCACCUUGCUAAACUGAUCGAUUAAGUGGUUGAUUGUUGUCUGGUUUGACGUUUUCCAAGUUAUUCACAGGUGAUGUAGGCUGAACUUGAAAUAUGUAAUUCUUUAUCAAUGUCUUUACACUCUUUGAAUAAAAAUCUUUUUUAAUAUCACUGAAGAAGAUAU